CCCAGAAACAUUAGAUUUUUUCACACAUGUUUUGCUCUGCAUUAUUCUAACAUUUGCAUUAAGUCUGUAAGUGCUUAGUGUACAGUCUCAUUGAUACUGUAUUGUGUAUAGAAAACAUCCAUGUGCUGAUGGAGAUCACAUUUCUUUGCCACAGAUAACCUCUUUUGUUACGGAUGAUCUCUGAUAAUCUGCGAAGGAACGUGUUUUCUUUAGCAUCGAGUUAAUUUUCCUCAACAACAUACUCUAGAAGAACCUUCCUUCCUUCGUCAGUUUUGAUUAGCAUCAGGAUUUUGGGAAAUGCAUGUUGUUCAUUGGUACUACAUGGGACAUUACCAAUAGCAACUCUUGAAGUGUAUGAGACAACAGUGAAUUAUUGUACGCGUAUUUAACAAAUUUAAACAACAAGUAAAAUUUGUUUUGAAUAUUAGAUCCAUACAUCAGCAGUGAAAUCUGGUUGUAGUCCUUCAAGAUAUUGUACUUAACUUUUAAUAGAUUUAUUCUGUAAUUAUUUGUAAACAAUUGUGUGUUAAGAGUUGUGAAUUGAAGACAUUGUCAUUACAGAACAGGACAGGACAUAAGGCUAAAAUGAAUCCAGGAUAUUCUUUCGAAUUUCCUUUGAAAAGUGAAACUGAAGGUGCAUUAUCACUGCCUUCCAUAAAUCAAGAAAACAGCAAUAUGGCUGCCUUUAGUGGAACCAGUGAUGGAGACUUUAUGUCUCUGGAUCCAUUGAUGGACAUCAAAAUAGAGCCAGAGGAAUUCUGUGAGUCUAAUGAAGAUGAUGAAUAUUCAUAUGAAAUGAAUUCAACAGUGAAUGAAAAACAUCCACAAAUUUUCAAAAAGGAAGUAAAACAAGAAAGAAGGAUCUGUGACAAUAGAGAGAAGCCUUUCGAAUCCACUAACUGUGAGAAAGCAUUUUACAAGAAAAUUAAUCUUACAAAUGAUAUCACAAAUCCUACCAGAGAGAAAUUCAUAUGCAAUGACUGUGGGAAAGCAUUUCCCAGGAAAAAUAAUCUUAUAGUUCAUAUGAGAACCCACACUGGAGAGAAGCCAUUCAUUUGCAAGGAAUGUGGCAAAGCAUUUUCCCACAAACCACAUCUUACAAGUCAUAUGAGAUUGCAUACUGGAGAGAAGUCAUAUAUGUGCAAGGAAUGUGGCAAAGCAUUUUCCCGCAAACCACAUCUUAUAGUUCAUAUGAGAAUCCACACUGGAGAGAAUCCAUUCAUAUGCAAGGAAUGUGGGAAAGCAUUUUCCCAGAAAUCAAAUCUUAUAGCUCAUAUGAGAAUCCAUACUGGAGAGAAACCAUUCAUGUGCAAGGAAUGUGAUAAAGCAUUUUCCCAGAAAUCAAAUCUUACAAAGCAUAUGAGAUUUCAUACUGGAGAGAAGCCAUAUGUGUGCAAGGAAUGUGGGAAAGCAUUUUCCCAGAAACCACAUCUUACAAGUCAUAUGAGAUUGCAUACUAGAGAUGAAAAAGAAACAACAUGAUAAAAUAAACCAGUUAAGGCAGAGAUCUCUCAAAUGACCAACUAUAUGAGAGAUUAAAAUCACUCACAAAUCUGCUCAAGAAAAUAAGGAAAAUAAAGAUAAAAUACAGAAUAGGGGAUGAACAAAUGAGUGGAAAACUGGCAGAACACCAAGCCCAUAUAAAGGCCCUGGCUUCACAAAUAGGAAACAAACAACAAAAGAUAAAAGUUAAACAGAUAAAUAGGCAGUUUGGUGAAAAUCCAAAGAUUGUGUAUAGGAAGAUUAUGAAAGAAAGUGGAGGUACGAACACCACCGAGCAAGUAAGACUUAGAGAGAUUUCGAAGCUACUGUUUGAAGACUCCAGACAACACCAAGAGAAUUUAUGGAUUGACACCAUUAGGCAGAACAGUCAGAAACAGCAAAUGCCACCAAUAAGGUUCACCAUCGAAAAAGUAACAAAGAAAAUAAGAGAAUAUGAUCAUUUCAAGAUAACAGUAAUAUGGCUUGGAUACAUUAGAAGAAGGCAUUUGACACCCUGCCGUGCACAGGGAUAUUCAAAUGUAUGGAAUUAGACAACAUCAAUGAGGAAAUAAGAUCUUUCUUGGCAGCACAGAUGAGGAAGUGGAAGACCACUCUCUGUCUAAGGGGAAAGGAUUCCAGAAACUUUGGUGUACAUAAAAAGAAGAAAUGAUCUCCAGUAUUCUCGCUGUCCUGUUCAUUAUUAAACUUAAGUUCACCAGGAAGGAGGGCCAGAUAGUAAUUCCAGACAUAAAGAUCCAAAGAGGAAUAUUCCAGGGUGACAGCCUCUUACUACUUCUAUUCUGCUUGACCAUAGAUCUCCUUAGUAAAAUCUUGAACAACAUUAACACUUG